CAUAUUUCCAUCAUAAUUUGAAUUAAGGUUUAGCAGUAAUAAACACCAGGCAGUACCAAGUUGAUCCUAAUAUCAUUGAUAUAUCUAUAUUAAAGUGAGAUAUCAUAUCAAAAGGUUAAAAGUCGCCUCGAACAAGUAAGUUAUAUACGUGUGGUCAGCAUUUUGAAAAAUCUUUACACGGUGCAAGAUACAAUUUUUUAGGGCAAUUUCACAUAAUAUAUAAAUAUAGUACGGGAUUCCGAAAUUGACUAAAUUUUACAACCAUUUUUGAAGUUGAUAGGUUUUUGUUGAAGUUUUUAACAGUAGGGAUAAUACAGUAAAGAUGCCUUUGUUCACAAAGGGUACGAUGAAAUUCACUGAUUGGUUGAAUCAUCAUGAUAUAACCAUCUCAUCAAAAGUUUUAAUUGCAGAUUUAAGAAAUAGUGAACAAGGUAGGGGUGUUAUAGCGUUGGAUGAUAUAAAUAAAGGAGAAGUUUUGUUUUCAAUACCUAGAGAUUCUAUUUUGAAUGUCGGUAAUUGUUCUCUUAUCGAAGAUUAUCCUGAUAUUAAACAGAAAUUAGUUCAUUUAACCCAUUGGGAAUCUUUGAUAAUAGUAUUACUUUAUGAAGUCUUAGUUAAGGGUGAGAAUAGUAAGUGGAAUGAUUAUUUAGAUGUUUUGCCUGUGAAAUCAGCUCAAUUCAAUGCCAAACAACACGAAGAAACUUUCAAUCAAUUGAUGUAUUGGAAUAGUGAUGAGUUACAUUUACUUGAACCAUCCUUGAUUUUAGAAAGAGUGGGGAAAGAUUUAGCGGUUUCUAUUUAUAAUAAAUUAUAUCCUGGUAUCAUAAUUGAAGAGUUGGGGAUCAAGGAAUUAGAAGGAAAAGUGACCUUAGAUAUGUAUUUAGCCAUUGCAUCUACUAUUAUGUCUUAUUCAUUCGAUGUGGAAAUACUGGAUUUCGAUGAGCAAGAAGAAAAUGAAGAAGAGGAAGAGGUGGAAGAUGAGGAAGAAGAAGAAUUAGAGGAGGAAGAAGAUGAUGAAGAGAAAGAAGAAGGAGAGGACAAUGAAAGCAAAACUCAAAGUGGUAUGGAACCAAGAAGUAUAUUAAUGGAUGGAUAUUAUAAAUCGAUGGUACCUUUAGCAGAUACACUUAACGCCGACACCAAUCUUCAUAAUGCUUCCUUGACCUAUGUUGACAAUGAACUUGUCAUGAAAAGUUUGAAAGCUAUAAAGAAGGGAGAUCAAAUCUAUAAUACUUAUUCCGAUCAUCCAAAUAGUGAAAUCUUAAGAAGAUACGGAUAUGUUGAAACUCAAGGUUCUAAAUAUGACUUUGGUGAAAUUCCCUUAAAUUUAAUCACCAAACAUUUCGAAGAUACAACGGGCCUUACUGAGGAAUCUAUUAAAGAUUUACUUCAUUUUGUGAAUCAAAUCAUCAUGGAAGAACAUGAAGAUGAUGAAAAUCUUGUUGAUAUCGUAUUGGAUUCUUAUGAUUGUUUUAAAUCGGGUGACGUUAUAUUAGAAUUAAUAUUUUUGAUUCAAAUCUUAACUAUAAUAGCAGCAGUUGAUAAAACUGAAUCGAUUAUGACUUUGGAAGAAGCACCUAAAUAUCAAUUAAUCAAUAGAAUAUCUAAAAAAUGUUAUCAAUUAAUUGAAUCCAAGAAACUUACUAAUCAGUUUCUUGAAAAUUAUAAGGCUAUUUUGAAUAGUAGGUUAAAUCAAUAUCCUAAACUUGCUUCUCAACCAUAUGAACCAAAAAUCCCAUUCACAAGAUCAAAGAUGGCUGAAGUAGUACUUAAAUCAGAAUAUCAAUCCUUAAAGAACUGUUUAGAUAUUGAUAAAACAUUCAAGAAGAAUGAAGAUUUAGGACCAUUCAAAUUCAUCGAUGAUGAGAAAUUAAUUCGUAAUAUUAUUAAGAAGAGAGCUCAAGAAGAUUCUUCAGGAGAAGAAACUUCAUCCAUUAAAAAAUCAAAAACUACUUAAACGUUUACUACACUUUGUACAUAUAAUACAAACUAUUCAAUCUAGAUAUGUAUCAUAUAUUUUAUUGUAAUUAAUAUAUAAACAUAAAAUAAAACGUAAAUAAAACCUG